GAAAAAGCCAAGAAGUAGUUAAGAAGGCGGCUUCUAAGUCUGGAAAGAGUGGGUGAACCUCAGAGGCGCAAAGAGAAAGAGAGAGAGAGAGACAGCAGACGCACGCAGGUGACAAGUAGACUUUUGGCAGUGGACCGAGCAAACACUGCAACGGCUUUGCUGUGGCACACAGCUGUCCAACGCGAACCAUGGUGCAGCAGACGGAGAAUAGCGAGACGGACAGCAUGUCCAGAGAAGCGACAGACUCCGAUGAAAGUGAAUUUAUGGCUUGCAGCCCGGUGCCGAUCAACCCGGACUGGUGCAAGACAGCCACGGGACACAUAAAGAGACCGAUGAACGCGUUUAUGGUAUGGUCUAAAAUCGAGCGGAGAAAGAUCAUGGAGCAGUCGCCGGACAUGCACAACGCCGAGAUCUCCAAACGCCUGGGCAAGCGCUGGAAAAUGUUAAAGGACAGUGAAAAGAUCCCUUUCAUCCGGGAAGCCGAAAGGCUCCGGUUGAAACACAUGGCUGAUUAUCCCGACUACAAAUACAGACCCAAGAAGAAACCAAAGCUGGACGGUUCCUCUAAACCAUCAGCUCCGUCUCCGGAGAAGUCCUGUCACAAAAUGUCAAAGAACUCCGGUAAGAAAUGUUCAAAGCUGAAAACGAGUAAGAAGUCGUCUCACAGUUACGCGGACGAUUACGCGUUUAAGAGCAUUAAAGUUUCAAAGACUGUUAUUAAAAGGGAAUUCACGGAUGAUGACGAGGACGACGAUGACUACGAAGAGGAGUCGCGCGUCAGCGUGAAGGAGGAAGACGAGGACCAGAUCCGAGCCUACAACGUAGCCAAAGUUCCCGCCAGCCCAACUUUGAGCUCGUCCACGGAAUCGGAAGGCGCCAGCAUGUACGACGAGGUCCGAAGCACCGCGUCCAACAGCAGACUCUUUUACAACUUCAAAAACAUCACCAAGCAGAGCACAAUGUAUCCCGCAUCCGUCUCACCAGCAUCCUCCAGGUCCGUGUCCACGUCCUCCAGCUCGAGCGAAGACGCGGACGAUUUGCUUUUUGACUUCAGCGUGAACUUCGCGUCGUCCACGCAAGGCUCGGAGCUGGGCAACCAAAAUUCAGGAAACCUCUCGCUCUCACUGGUGGAUAAGGAGUUGGAGUCUUUUAGCGAGGGCAGUCUGGGUUCGCACUUUGAGUUUCCAGACUAUUGCACGCCCGAGCUCAGCGAAAUGAUAGCCGGGGACUGGCUCGAAGCGAACUUUUCUGACUUGGUUUUUACUUACUAAAUAAGAGUAAUAACACACACACACAUACGAGAAAGGGGGAAUGAUAUAUUCUGUACAUGUUUCUUACCCCUGCCUCAUUCUGCCGGUGUGCCCACAGGGGCUUUGGCAAGGAGGCGGAGAGAGAGGUUUGAGGAGUUAGAUGCUUAUGAAGCUGGUAUACUGUAGCAAAAAAGAAAAAAGUCUGCAGACGUUUUUCUGGCAGCAUGACAGGGUUUUAUGGAUUUUUUCUGUAGGUCUACCAUUACUGUUCAACUAAAAGCGGACCACAAAGGGAAAAUCUGAGAACUUCUAUGCAUCUUAUACCCUCUUUCUAACUGCAGGGAGUUGAUAAUGUAAAGACUGUGGACUGACUCGAGGCAAAUCUGUGAACUAUUACCGUUCAGGACGUUACUUAGUCAUUUCUAAAUGCCGCAACUUUUUUUUACAACCUUCUUUUUUUCUUUUUGAGAACUGAUUCUGUUUACCUACUGGUAUGAAAUUUAAGCAGCCUAAAUCUGUCCAGAGUUGCAGGUGAUAGAGGAAGCAUUUUUUGAUACAUAACAGACCUCAUCUUUUUAAAAGAAAGCAAACUAUUUUCAGGCAUAUUUUUGUACAGUUCAAAAGGGAAUGUUCUUACUGGGCACUCAGUGAGUUUCAGGCACUUCUUCCCUUUAUCAUUUGUUUUAGCAUGCAAGGGAGUCCUGGUUUAAGGAUUAAGUUUAAAUUAAAACUUGCAUCAAAAAUGCCUUGUGAUUUUAAGCUAGGUUUUGUACAGCUGUAGAUCAAAAUUUUCGAGUAUUUGUAGAACAUAUGGCAUUGGGGAGGGGGAGGGAGAUGCAUACCUCAGUGCUGGUAUUAGUUUCAAGAUUGUAUAUGUACUGUAAAAUAGUAAAGUUAGGAGUUUAUGUAUAUCAUACUCGUGAUAUGUGGAUGGGUCCCAGAUCGCAGGUGUGAGACUGGAUUUUUGUUUUUUCUUUCUAAUGGCACAUACUGUUUCCCCUUCAUUUGUUGUGCAAUAUAUUUACUUGUAAAUUCAGACCAUCUACAUUUUUAUUAUUUUUUUAUUUUUUGCAUUUUUGUAGCAGAUGAUGUACAGGCAGACUUUCGUCUGUCAACAUCAUUAUUUGUCAUGAUGCUGAAAUCUUCGAUAAAUAAAUAAAUCAGCUGGAACUGAUAGCACCUGAA